UGUGAGUGUGAUUAUUGUUUCAUACAGAUAGUUUCAUAUCGUUUCAUAUUAGAUAACUUAUACGGCCUUGUAUUAGAUUAGGUGUUGAUUCAGUCUGCAUCUGUAUUACUGCAUACCAUUUCUGUUGGCAGUGUCCGCGCCGGCCUCCCGAUGGUGGUGAUCCGUGAGCUGGCCACCGAUGACGAGGACAGCGACUUCAGUCCGGGCGGCCAGGGUCCGCGGCCCGAGGACGUUCGACCGCGCGUCCGCCGGCGCACCAAGAGCUCGGGCGACUCGAGGAAGGCGUACGGUGCUGGUCGGCGGCCAGCGCCGCUCCGGCCAGCCGCCGGCCGAGACUGGCUCUGGUUCGUCGUGGCAGGUGUGGCGUGCGGUCUUCUGCACGCGUGGCACGUCAGCACGCUGUUUGAGAAUGACCGCCACUUCAGCCACCUGUCCACCCUGGAGAGGGAGAUGUCGCUCAGGACAGAGAUGGGCAUGUACUACUCGUACUUCAAGACGCUGGCCGAGGCGCCGGACCUGGUCUCGGGCAUCGAGCUGCUGAUGGAGGACCGGCUGGUGGAGGCGCCCUCCACCGUCAACGCCCUGCAGCGCUUCAACCUCUACCCGGAGGUGCUGCUGGGCACGGCCUACCACGGGUUUCGCCAGGUGAGCCAGGCGCUCGGCGUCGAGACCCGCGAGUGCUGGAAGGUGGACCGCGGCGACAGUCUGGCGCCCGUAUGGAGCUGCGUCGGCCUCGGUACGCCCGUGUUCUUCUACCUGGCCGGCGUGUGGCUGUGCGCCGCAGUGCUCGGCGUGGUCCUGUUCAUCUACGGAUGCCAGAUGAGCGCCAACAUCUGGGGCGGCCUGCUGACGGUGGCCUGCUUCUUCUUCAACCACUCGGAGGCGACACGGAUGAUGUGGACGCCCCCGCUGCGGGAGAGCUUCGCCUUCCCGUUCCUGCUGGCUCAGAUGGUACACGUGUGCCGCGCCAUCACCUCCAAACGGCCCGGCUGGGGACAGGUGCUCAGUAUCGGCUGUCUGACGGCCAUCUCGCUACUGUUCUGGCAGUUCUCGCAGUUUGUGCUGUUCACACAGACUUGGCUGAUAUACCUCCUCUGGGUGAUCGGCGCACUCAGCACCACCCAACUCAGGGCAGUGCUGGCCGCUCAGAUGGUUGGUCUGCUGACGGCGUUCGGCCUGCUGUUCGGUAACCGGAUGCUGGUGUGCUCGCCGCUGUCGGCCGCCGUGCUGGCCAUGCUGCUGCUGCUGCUGACGCUGGAGGACCUGCUGCAGCAGCUGCCGGCGCUGGCCGGUGCGCUGGCCCGUCUCGGCCUGGCGCUGGUCGGCACCAUUGGCGUCCGGCUGGAGCUCUCUCACCUGCUGCAGGACCAGCCGGAUGAUUCGCACAUCUGGAACAUUUUGCGCGCCAAGCUGGGCAAGUACCGUGACUUCGACACGAUGCUGUACACAUGCGCUGCCGAGUUCGACUUUCUGCCGCCGGAGACGCUCACGCGGCUGUCGGCCACGCUGCUGAUCCCGAGCGCUGUGCUGGGCGCCGGCCUGGCCGUCUCGCUGUGGGGCAUGGGCGGCCGGCGGCCGGACCCGUCUCGCCGGCCGGCCGCCGCGCCCUCCAGCAGCGAGGAGGAGCCGGUCUCGGCCAGCCGGACGCCGGUCCGGCCGCGCCGGCGGCGCACCGUCUCGGGCGCGGCGCCCGGCCCGUCGCUGGUGCUGGCCUGGCUGGCGGAGGCGCGCGGCCGGCUGCGCCAGGACCUGGACGUGGCGUACACCCUGCUGCAGCUGACCGUGUUCGCCGUCAUGGCCCUGAUGGUGAUGAGACUGAAGCUCUUCCUGACGCCGAUGCUGUGCGUGGCGACGGCGCUGCUCGCUUCCAGGAAGUUUGUACACUUUAUCCAGCUGAAGCGGACACAUCUAUGUAUCCUGGCUGUGCUGGUGAGCGGCAUGGCUGUCAGGGGAGUGAAAAACAUCCAGGAGCAGCACAAUAUAGUGGGCGAGUAUCAGAACCCGGAGUUGGAGGAGCUGCUGGAGUGGGUGCGCACCGACACGGCGCCCUCGGACACGUUCGCCGGACCCAUGGCGCUCAUGGCUACCGUGCUGCUGAGCACACGUCGGCCCGUGGUCAACCAUCCGCACUACGAGUCGGCCGGCGCCAGGGAGAGGACACGCCAGGUGUACCAGAUAUUCAGUCGCCGCAGCGCCAAGCAGGUGUACAAAACGCUGAAAAGGCUGCAGGUCGACUACGUCGUCCUUUACGAGCCCAUGUGCUACGGCUCGCCAAAGCCCGGCUGUGCCAUGGUCGAUCUCUGGGACGUGACCGACCCGGACCAGCGCGGCCGGCCGCCCGUCUGCCGGCGCCUGAUCGAGGGCGACCCGUCCCCUCUGCUGAGGGUGUUUGAGAACUCCCAGUACGUCGUACUCCGGGUACCGGCCAAGUACGUGGAGAUUCCCGCUCCCAAACAGGGCGCAUCAUGAGACCGGGUGCGGGAGACGGCGACACGAGCUUCAUUGCCAAACAGACUCCUUGCGGAGGUGUGCCCUGUGUCUCGGCGGUCGGACCGAGAGGCAGUUAUUGGACGAUGCCAGGGCGGUGCAGCUGCAGUGGGCACAUCUGCUGGUAAGUCACACACCCCAGCCGAGCACAAUAACCUCUGGAGAAGGAGUCUGAUGUGUGUGUCAAACUGUGUUCCGAGCUUUCAUGACAGCUACUUCGUGAAUGAUAUCGUCGUGAGGUCGGUGGGUUCCAUGAGUGCCCGUGUGGACUUUUAACCGACCGGUGACUUAGUGACUGUCAAUUGUCAGUGAGCAUGCAGAAGUGUUCACAGGGUGCAGCUGCCAGCUGUUCAACCCGACCAACGCCUCGCCUGUCGGUGAGAUUAGUGAGAUGGUGUGUGCGUGUCGGUGUUAAUUGUGAGCUGACACGCAGCUUCUCACCGUCUGCCACGUCGGUUACUGCAGUCCCCAGCUGCCGACGGCUGCUGUCCGUACCUCGCCCGCUCGUGGUGGACAGCCGCGGCUGCUCACACCGUUCGGUUUCAGCGGUCACAGUAACCCAGUCCCGUGCGUCUGUCCUAGUCUGUCGGGGGGGGGGGGGGGGGAACUAUGCCGGAGUUGUGAGAUGUGGAAUGGCUCGGUGGUUUGUACACUGGAAGGAGUGAUGACUGAUAUGCGGAAGAAGGGAAAGGGGCGAUCGCAGAAAUGCGAAACUCAUGCAGAUACAGCAUGCAAAGCAACUCUGCAUCUUGAGGGAUAGUGAUUGAUGUACUGGAUCAAUUCAAUCCGGAUAUGGCACGAACUGCUGAACGACUAUAACCGUAUCAAUGCGGAGGGAAAACUGAAUCAAGUCAGAUAUGUUGGGAAGUGUGCAGUGUGUAAUGCGGGAUGGGUCGAGCCGCUACUGGGCUCACGGUUGGUUGCUUGUAUUGAUAGGGUGAUAGGCGGGGCUGAAUGGUUGUUCAUUCCGGGAUAUUGUGUUCUCGGGCAUUAUCAGUGGGUCUGGGUGGAAUUCCAGGCAACAUGUGAGGCUCCUCCCGAAUAAUCGAAUGUUAUUGAUAGGGGGCUGGUGGGGAACGCCAUGUGAUUACGGUUUGUAAUAAACGGACAGCGAGCUGUAUUGGACAAAUGGAAUCUUACGUUG